CCGGAGGGGCCGUGGGAUGUCGGGAGUUGUAGUUUGACGUUCGGCCUUGAUCGAUGUUCUCUCGCGGAUUUUCUUCUCGGCAGCAAAAGCCGGGCCAUGGCGGCUGCGGCCAACUCGGGCGGUCGUUCCAAGGUGGCGCCCAGCGUAGAUUUUGAUCAUAGCUGCUCCGACAGCGUCGAAUACCUGACUCUGAAUUUCGGGCCUUUCGAGACGGUGCACCGGUGGCGCCGCCUCCCGCCCUGCGAUGAAUUCGUCGGGGCUCGCCGUAGCAAACACACCGUGGUGGCUUAUCGAGAUGCCAUCUACGUCUUUGGUGGGGAUAACGGGAAAACUAUGUUGAAUGACUUGUUAAGAUUUGAUGUGAAGGACUGCUCUUGGUGCAGGGCUUUUACUACUGGGACUCCACCAGCACCAAGGUAUCACCACUCAGCAGUAGUUUAUGGAAGCAGCAUGUUUGUAUUUGGUGGCUACACUGGAGAUAUAUAUUCCAAUUCCAACUUGAAGAACAAAAAUGAUCUUUUUGAAUAUAAACUUGCAACAGGCCAAUGGACAGAAUGGAAGAUUGAAGGAAGAUUACCAGUUGCUCGGUCAGCUCAUGGUGCAACCGUCUAUAGUGAUAAACUGUGGAUCUUUGCAGGAUAUGAUGGAAAUGCACGAUUAAAUGACAUGUGGACUAUUAGCUUACAAGACAGAGAUUUAACGUGUUGGGAAGAGAUUAAACAAACUGGUGAGAUUCCUCCUUCAUGCUGUAAUUUUCCUGUAGCUGUCUGCAAAGAAAGUAUGUUUGUUUUUUCUGGCCAGAGUGGAGCAAAGAUUACCAAUAACCUUUUUCAGUUCGAAUUCAAAGAAAAAAUUUGGACACGAAUCCCUACUGAACACUUACUACGGGGCUCUCCACCUCCUCCCCAAAGGAGAUAUGGUCACACGAUGGUUGCUUUUGAUCGCCAUCUCUAUGUGUUUGGUGGUGCUGCAGACAAUACAUUGCCUAAUGAACUUCAUUGCUAUGAUGUUGACUCUCAGACAUGGGAAGUUAUCCAGCCAAGUCCGGAUAGUGAGUUACCAACUGGAAGACUCUUCCAUGCUGCAGCUGUUAUCUGUGAUGCCAUGUAUAUCUUUGGAGGGACAGUGGAUAACAACAUCAGAAGUGGAGAAAUGUAUAGAUUUCAGUUUUCUUGUUAUCCAAAAUGUACUUUACAUGAUGACUAUGGAAGACUAUGGGAAAACAGGCAAUUCAGUGAUCUAGAAUUUGUGCUUGGGGAGAAAGAAGAGAGAGUCCGAGGACAUACAGCUAUUGUCACAGCUCGCUGUAAAUGGCUGAGGAAGAAAAUUACACAGGCAAAAGAAAGGCUGAAACAGAAAUCUAAGCAAGAGAUUAAUGAGGAAGGACAAGAGGUGUCCCAAAAGGAAACGGCAGGCAACAAUGUAAAGAUGGGUCGCCCGCAGCCGCUGCUGGAAGUGACAAUCCGGGAAGCUGAAGCUCAGCCCUUUGAAGUGCUCAUGCAGUUCCUCUACACAGACAAAAUCAAAUACCCACGCAAAGGACAUGUGCAAGAUGUUCUGCUAAUCAUGGAUGUGUACAAGUUGGCUCUUAACUUCAAACUAUCUCGAUUGGAACAACUCUGUGUCCAAUACAUUGAGGCCUCGGUAGAUCUGCAGAAUGUACUUGUUGUAUGUGAAAAUGCAAACAAACUUCAGCUGGAUCAGCUGAAGGAACACUGUCUGAAUUUUGUGGUAAAAGAAUCACACUUUAAUCAGGUAAUAAUGAUGAAAGAAUUUGAACAUCUUUCUUCAUCUUUGAUAGUAGAGAUAGUACGAAGAAAGCAGCAACCUCCAUUUCGAACACAUUCUGAUCAGCCUCUUGAUAUUGGAACCUCGUUGAUUCAGGAUAUGAAAGCCUAUUUGGAAGGUGCUGGUUUAGAAUUCUGUGAUAUCAUUCUACUGUUAGAUGGUCAUCCAAGACCAGCUCAUAAAGCUAUUCUUGCAGCCCGCUCUAGUUACUUUGAAGCCAUGUUUCGUUCUUUUAUGCCAGAAGAUGGCCAAGUUAAUAUUUCAAUUGGUGAGAUGGUGCCAAGCAAACAAGCAUUUGAAUCUAUGUUACGAUAUAUUUAUUAUGGUGAAGUGAAUAUGCCUCCUGAAGAUUCACUCUACCUCUUUGCUGCCCCUUAUUAUUAUGGGUUCUAUAAUAAUCGUCUUCAAGCAUAUUGCAAGCAGAAUCUGGAAAUGAAUGUUACUGUGGAAAAUGUGCUUCAGAUUUUAGAGGCAGCUGAUAGGACCCAGGCAUUGGACAUGAAGAGACACUGCCUAUAUAUCAUUGUUCACCAGUUCACCAAGGUAUCCAAGCUACCAAAUCUUCGGUCUCUCAGUCAACCUCUUCUACUUGACAUCAUAGAAUCAUUAGCAAAUCACAUAUCAGACAAACAGUGUGCUGAGCUUGGAGCAGAUAUUUAAGAUUUUGUUUAUUCUGUAUCUUGCAUAUUUUCUUCUAAGAGGUUACACACUUCCUAUAUAUAAAGAUAUUUAAUCUUUGUUAUCAACACAUGUUGAUAUGGUAAGAAGCCCUGAUGAAGUCAUCUUGUGUAAGAUGAGUGGCCAUAUACAUCUGAUAAAAUAACUACAUGAAUAAAGCAGGAAACCUUUGAAAAUGUAAUGAUACUUCUGACUUUCUAAACAAACAUUUGAGCUGUAUUAUUUGGAUUGUAGGCACAUGAAGGCUACAAAUUGUUACCUCUGAUAGACUAUAUAUCUCCAUAGUUAUUGAUGAGUAUUGAUAAUACACUUUUGAUUCUUUGUCAGAACAAUGUUGCUAAAUUGAAAAUUUCAAGGACUUGUUCAGGCAAACUCCAAGAAUUGGACACAACUGAAUGGAACAAAAAAAUGUUGCACAUGUAGACAUAUUGCGAUGAUUAAGGUAUAAAAAGCAAAGGAAUACUGUUCUUUCCAAAAACAGGUUAUGCAGUGAAACAACAAAAGUAUUCCUCUUUCUUUAGCAGUAUAAUGACUUCUUUUGACAAUCUGCAGCCAAUCUACAUUAUUUUAAGAUGUCAAAGAUUUUCUUCAGAAUACUGAAUUGCCAUUCCUUUUGCAGCACUUGUCUCUUUAUGUGUUUCCUAAAAAGUUUAUUGUACUUUUAUUUAUUGUUAUGUUAUGAGCCUCCCAGAGUUCUUUGGAAGUUGGGUAAGUUCUAAAUCAAAAUAAAUGAAUUGUAGUAAAUUUAUGAAGUUAUACUGGGUGACAGUAUAGACAUGGAAUCUUAAAAACCUUCUCUUUUAAAAUUAACUGCACAUUUCAAACUCUUUUGUUCUAUAUGUAAUUUGAAAGACAUUGAGUUGGAUGGCAUACAAAUUUAAUAAAUCAUUAUCGUCGUUGUGGAAAACUCC